AUGUCGUUCUUCAUAAGGAAAGCAGGAGGGGCAAGUCGACCUCAGGCACGCUUGAAAAAUGGAAAGGUGAGUGGCUUAGACGAGCUUGAGUCUUUUGACAACCGAGCAGAGCGUGGUGUGAAGUUCUUUGUGAUCAGGUGUUUUUUUCUCUCUCACCAGAAACGCGUUGGAAGUUCGGCGAAAGCUAGCCACACCAACAAAAAGAGCAAAGUAGUCUCCAAGGGCAGGCAUGUGGAUGAAAUUGUGUCGAGUGAAUCGGAAGCAGAAAACGACGUUGUUCUCGGCCGUCAUCACGCCUCGGAGGACGAAGAAGAGCUCGAAACGGAGCAAGAGAAAAAGCUAAGGCUCGCGAAGAAGUACCUCGCCGAAAUUGAGAGGCAGGAGAAAGAGAAGCUUGAUGCCCAAGAAGUCGACCGUGCUGUCGUUUCUCAUCGACUGCGUACCGACUUGCUAGAGCAAAGCGGACAGCUUCACAAAAAGGUCGCAGAAAAGGUUCAAGGUGUGGACAAAGACCGGAUUUUGAUCCUUAAAGGCCACAAGCUGUCUGUGACAUGUGUGACAGUGUCGCAGGACGGCCAACACAUUUUCAGUGGCGCUAAGGACUGUACCAUAAUGAAAUGGUGUGCAAAAACGGGCAAGAAGCUCUUCACCGUACCGGGUGCCAAGAAAAAUGACGAUGCGAAGUUGGGGCACGGAGGCCACGUCCUGGCCAUUUCCAUCACUUCAGAUGGCAUGUACCUGGCGAGUGGCUGCCAGCUCAAGGUCAUAUUUAUUUGGAACCCGUCCACAAUGCAGCGGCUGCACAUAUUCCAGGGUCACAGAGGUCCAGUUAUGGGUCUUGCUUUCCGAACUGGAAGCCAUCAGCUAUACAGUUGCUCCGGCGACCGGUCUGUGAAGGUCUGGAACUUGGAUGAGAUGGCCUACGUUGAGACACUUUUUGGCCACCAGGACGCAGUCACGGCGAUUGACAGCUACACACGUGAGCGUGCUGUCACCGCAGGCAGUCGGGACAACACGUUGCGUGUCUGGAAGAUCCCGGAGGAGUCUCAGCUGGUCUACCAGAGCCAUAAUUGCUCCGUCGAUUGUGCCAAAAUGAUCAAUGAGCAGCACUUUAUCUCCGGAGCUGAUGAUGGGUCACUCAGCCUUUGGUCUGCUCUGAAGAAGAAGCCAACUUGCAUACAUCAUCAAGCACAUGGUUCACAGGAUGGGGCUCCACGCUGGAUUACCGCUGUAGCCUCACUACGUUGCACAGACCUGAUAGCUUCAGGUUCCUGGAAUGGCGAAGUCAAGCUGUGGAGUUCCGGGGAUGAAUGCAAGAAACUGAAAGAAGUUGCGAGCAUACCUGUGGAAGGAUUUGUGAAUGCCCUUGUCUUCAACAGCUCAGGAGACGUCUUGGUAGCAGCAGUGGGUCAGGAACACCGGUUAGGGAGGUGGUGGAAAUUGAAAGAUGCAAAAAAUUGUGUCAUAGUCCUCCCCGUCAACCUUAAGGAUGUGUAAAUGUAAUAAAUUAAAAUAGUGUUGGUUUU